AUGGACAACAAUUAUCAUCAAGGCGAUUUAACUGACAUUUUCCGAGCAAGUAGUAGCGGGGGUGGCCGUGGCGGCGGCGGAGGUGGCGGCGGCUCAUAUGGUACUUCUUCAACAUCAGAAUUAGCUCCCCAUGAUCUCCCUUCUUCUUCAUCGGAAAGUUGGCACCACCACCAUCAUCACCACCAGAUGGAUUUCUCUUCUGUAAUAAUGGAAGAUUCUCACAGAGCCACCAACGUCUUCUGCGAUCCCUUCUCGAACAUAUGCGUCUCCUGGUUUUCUGCUUCUUCUUCUCUUGUUUUGUCUCAUCACCACAAGCUUGUUGAAGACGAUAUAAGAAUAAGGCCUGCUUUAGCAGCCACAGCUUGUAACAAUAAUACCAUAUUCUCCAACAUGAUUCAGAUCUCUCCCAGCAGUUUGAACAACGCCGCCGCCAAGUUACCACCACCACCAGUUUCGCCGUGUGAUUCUUCUACUCCUCCGGUGAAUAUGGCCGCCGCCGCCGCCAUGAAUUCUUCGUCUUCAUCGUCGUUGCCAUCGCGGAGGGGAAUUGAGCCUUCUUCUUCUUUGGUUUCUGCAGCAGUCAACAUGAAUAUCACCGUGGACAACGCGGCGGUGCAGAUCUCGUCUCCAAGGAAUCCGGGUCUCAAGCGAAGAAAGAGCCAGGCGAAGAAGGUGGUAUGUAUACCUGCACCAGCAGCUGCAAAUAGCAGACCAAGUAGUGGAGAAGUAGUUCCUUCUGAUUUGUGGGCUUGGAGAAAGUACGGUCAGAAACCCAUCAAAGGUUCUCCUUACCCAAGGGGUUACUACAGAUGCAGCAGUUCGAAGGGUUGUUCAGCUAGAAAACAAGUAGAGAGAAGCAGGACAGACCCAAACAUGCUGGUCAUCACUUACACUUCAGAGCACAACCAUCCAUGGCCGACUCAACGAAACGCUCUUGCCGGCUCAACAAGGUCUCAGCCUUCCAAGAACAACAACAACAACAACAGUGCUUCCAGUAAUAAGAACAGCAACAAUUCCGAUCAAGUUUUGAUUCGGCCGCCACCUCGAGACGGUGGCAGCAUGAAGCCGAAGGAUGAGGAGGAGGACGAGCAGCAGCAGCAGGAAGAUCAUCAUCAUCAUCAGAGAGGGAAAAGCUCAUCAUCAUCGGUGAAGGAGGAGAUGGAGUUGGAGAUGAUGGGGGAGAUAACAGAGAUGAACCAGAAUGAAGAACAAGAGCUUGAGAAUCUGAUGAUGGAAGAUGAUACUAAUAACAAUAAUGGAUCAUCAGAAGGUGGAGUGGGAUACAAGCCAUGUUUCAAUGAAGAACAUUGUCAUCAGCAUCAUCAUCAUCAUCAAAGAGAAUCCAAAGCUUUAGAUCCUUUCAAUCUCUUUGACUGGUCAUCGUCAUCAUCUGCAUCAGCAUCAGCAAAUCAUAUUCACAGCACCACCACCACUUCCUUUGAAGAACCAACAAAGAGAGGAUUAUAACAAGACCUUGAAAGAAAUUUAUUCAUUACACUUAUAAUUAUAUCAUCACACCUUAAUUAAUAUCUUCUUUUAUAAUCUUUUUUUUCCUGGUUAUUGUUAUUAUUAAUUCAAGGUCAUGUUAUAAUCUUUUUCACCUGCUUUACAAAAAGGGUAAUGUCAUAGAAAUUU